GCGCUGCCCCGACUCCCUCCUCCCUCCCGGGGCGGGCACACUCCGGGCCGCCCCCGCGCACGCGGCUCCGGGGCGGGACCCGCCGAUCGCGCCGCCGCCUCCCGCUGUCCGGCCUGUGCGGGUGUCUCAGGAUCUCACUGUGACGAGUGGUGUUCUGUUCACCAUGUGAAGACAUUCACAAGCCAUCUAGAAGACUUUUCCACAUCGGUGCUUUAUAACCCAGGUUCCGUAAGUUUGGAUACGUAGGAAAAGAAUCUGGAAAUGCUGAGCUGAAGGUACUAGUUCUGCUGACACAAAGGUGGCAGCUCAAGUUGCCAAGGAAGAGUCAGAGCUCUGCUCCACCAGUGGCCUUCUGUCCUACACUGUGCCUUAAACAUGGAAGCUGUAGAAGUGAAUAACGUAUCCUUGAAACGUCCUCGCUCUGAGGAUGAUGUGGCUAAUGCAGAUGAAAUUAAAAGACAGAAGAUCUCAGAGAAGUCAAAGACAGGGAAUGACUCUGGGCAGAGUGUUGAGACUGUACCAGAACAACCUGAUAAACCUCUGCUUGAGGAUACGAAAAAUGAAAUAAUCCCCAAUGAGGAAAGUGAGGAGCAAGAAGAUGAGGAACUGGAGGACAGUGAUGAAGAUGGAGAUCCAGAAAGCUUUGCAGACAUGAUGAAGCAUGGACUGACAGAAAGUGAUGUUGGCAUAACUAAAUUUGUUAGCUCUCAUAAAGGGUUUUCUGGAAUCUUAAAAGAGAGAUAUUCAGACUUUGUUGUCCACGAAAUAGGAAAGGAUGGACGUGUGAUCCAUUUAGAUGACUUUUCUGUUCCCGUGGAUGAUGAGGACCCAUCAGAAGAAACAUUUACAGUUUUGUCAGACGAAGACAAGCAGCGUUUAGAGGAGCUCCAGCUUCUCAAGAAUAAGGAAACCAGUGUUGCUAUAGAGGUGAUUGAAGACACCAAAGAAAAAAGAACAGUUAUCCAUCAGGCUGUGAAGUCUUUGUUUCCAGGACUGGAGACUAAAACAGAAGAUCGAGAUGGGAAAAAAUACAUUAUUGCAUAUCAUGCUGCUGGGAAAAAAGCACUGGCAAAGGUCAGAACUGCAACAGAUCCAAGAAAACACUCUUGGCCAAAAUCUAGGGGAAGCUACUGCCACUUUGUACUCUACAAGGAGAACAAGGAUACUAUGGAUGCCAUUAAUGUCCUAUCCAAAUUUUUAAGAGUGAAGCCAAACAUAUUUUCCUACAUGGGAACUAAAGAUAAAAGGGCUAUAACAGUUCAAGAGAUCGCUGUUCUUAGAAUCACUGCACAGAGACUUGCUCAUUUGAAUAAAUGUUUGAUGAACUUCAAGUUAGGAAAUUUCAGUUACAAGAACCAUCCCCUGAAACUGGGAGAAUUGCAAGGGAACCAUUUCACUGUAGUUCUCAGAAACAUAACAGGAACUGAUGACCAGAUAGAGCAAGCAAUGCACUCUCUGAGGGAAAUUGGAUUCAUUAAUUACUAUGGAAUGCAAAGAUUUGGAACCACAGCUGUUCCUACCUAUCAAAUUGGCAGAGCUAUUCUACAGAACAAUUGGAAUGAAGUAAUGGAUUUGAUAUUAAAACCACGACCAGGAGCUGAAAAGGGAUACUUAGUAAAAUGCAGAGAAGAAUGGGCAAAAACGAAAGAUCCAGCAGCAGCCCUCAAGAAACUACCUGUAAAAAGGUGCGUGGAAGGACAACUUCUACGCGGACUCUUAAAGUAUGGAAUGAAGAACAUAAUCUCUGCAUUUGGCAUAAUACCAAGAAAUAAUCGGUUAAUGUAUAUUCAUAGCUACCAGAGUUAUGUAUGGAAUAACAUGGUGAGCAAGAGAAUAGAAGAAUACGGGCUUAGAGCUGUACCAGGAGAUCUCACACUUAAAGGAGCCACAGCUGUUCAUAUCGAAGAAGGAGAUGUUGAUAACUACACUAUCCACGAUGUAGUGAUGCCAUUGCCUGGAUUUGAUGUUAUUUAUCCAAAGCAUAAAAUUGGUGAGGCCUACAAGGAAAUGCUAGUAGCUGACAAUCUUGAUAUCAACAACAUGAGGCAUAAGGUCAGAGAUUAUUCACUUUCUGGAGCAUACAGAAAGAUUAUCAUUCGACCUCAGAAUGUCACCUGGGAGGUCGUUGCAUAUGAUGAUCCCAGAAUCCCAUUAUUUACUACGGAUUUGGAUAAGCUGGAAGCAAAACCAUUACCAGUUCUUCCUACAGAUGGAAAAUUCAGGGCACUAAAGAUGGAGUUCUCCCUUCCCCCAUCCACUUACGCUACCAUGGCGAUUCGAGAAGUUUUGAAAAUGGACACAAGCAUCAAAAACCAGACACAACUGAAUACCACCUGGUUACGCUGAAUGAACUGCAAAAGUGACUUAGAUUUUAACAUGUAUACAAAGAUUUCCUAUUUACAUGUUAUGUACAAAUCUUUAAAGAUUGGUAGCAAGAGAUUUGUAUUUUUUUAAGUUUUUAUUAGUGCUAGCAUUUAACUUCAGUGGUCAUUUGCAAGAUGGUGGCUGUAAUAUAAUAUAGAUCUUACUGACUGGUGCUUUUUAAUGAAUGAGUAAGUUGCUUGGGCUGUAAGCAUGGGUGCAUCUUUAAGAAGGGAACUUGUAAUAGUUUCAGACCUGGAAGAAUGUUUAGCUUGCUGGGUACUUUUUUUGGCAAGCACUGAAAUGUUUUCAUGAGUACAGCACACAUUUGAGUUUUUUCAAAUGCAUUAAAUAACAGCUUAGGAAAAUAAAUUACAAUAAAAUGAAGAUACUGAUGAACAUUAAUAUUGCAGGAAUUUUUGCUGCUAGUAUUUGUGCUGAUGCAGUAGAGAAUUCUGUUAUUAAGACUUUUUACAUGCUGUAAAGAUGUACAGCUGUUAAUUGGUCUUUUUCAUUGAGAAAAUACUUGUGUGUCUUUUCCAGCUUUACUUAUACUUGUAACAACUAACAGGUACUGAAAAUAAAUUAACCUGAACGCCUAAGCAUGUGUCAGUAACUUCUUCCUUCUCACAUCUCUGUCUGCCCAUUGUUGGCAGGGGAUGAGCUGGGCUUCUGACAGAAAAAAAAAUGAAGGUGCUGUAGAAGACACUGCAUUUUCAGCUUCUUUCUAAACCAAAUAAAAUGUGUGGCUAAAAUUAUGUGAACGCUCUCCUAUGAGGACAGACUGUGAGAGAGUUUGAGUUAUUCAGCCUAGAAAAGAGAAGUCUCUGUGGAGUAUUUCAGUGCUUCUUAUGGCAGCCUUCUGGUACCUAGAAAGUACCAGAAAAGUUGGGGAGGGGCUCUUCAUCGGGGAGUGCAGGAACAGGAUGCAGGGUAACAGUUUUGAGCUGAAAGAGGGGAGAUUCAGAUUAGGUAGGAGGAAGAAAUUUUAUACUGUGAUGGUGGUGAGGCACUGGCACAGUUUGCCCAGGGAAGUUGUGGCUGCCCCAUCCCUGGAGGUGUUCAAGGCCAGGUUGGAUGGGGCUCUGAGCAACGUGGUGGUGUGGCAGGUGUCCCUGCCUAUGGCACAGGGGUUGGAAACUGGAUGGGCUUUAACAUCCCUUCCAACCCAAACUAUUCUAUGAUUCUUUCUAUGAUGGUGCCCACACCGUGGUGGCUGAUGGCCCUUCGCAUUGGGAAGUACGAGGUCAGACACAAAAAAUUCAAGACUGCGCCUGUAACUUUUUAAAAAAUGAAGACAAUCAGCUACAAUCACCUUUAAAACAGUUCCCUUCUGAGCUGACACAUGGCUGCAUGCGAUGCUGCCAACGUUCAAAGCAAUUCCACUGAGCAUCUUCUGAAAGGCUGUCAAGGAUCUCCAUCAUUACUGUCUUCACAUCUUAAACAGACUGAGUUCAUCUGAGUACUGACUGGAACCUGGGGAUGGGGAUCUCUUCACCAUACGCGUCAGUCAAAUGAUGGAAACGUUUGCAUUACAGAUUUCCUCAGUUUCACAAGAAACUCGAUGCUAAGUCGCUGUUCACUUGCACAUUUUCAGCUGAGGGUAGGAAAACGUCUCUGAACGUGAACUGAGCGAAGCGAUGGCACUGAGCCCCAUGUGACAGCUCCGAACGUGUUCGGUGAUCACCUCUCCGUGCCUCCCCUCGGUUUCUCGACCUCUGCCGUUAGUCUCCUCACGAGAGGAAGCGGCAAGGGGUCUUUCCCCACGAGACACAGGACCGGCCGCUCCUGGCCGCACGUGACGCCCGCUCCGCGACCAGCACCCCACGUACCGGGAAGCGCCGAGGCGCCGCUUGUCGGCAAAGCAGCGGGCAUGGAGCUGCCCAUGCGUACGGGGCGCUGCGCAUGCGCACUGUAAACAGCCACCUCUCCAGCGUGCCGUAACU